GAAAAACACACUGCAGGACAAAAAUGACCAUGAGCCAUGUGAUGAUGAAAAUGUAACCAGUGACUGACAAUGUGUCUCUGCUGCCCUCGCCCUUCCUUGGUGCUCUUUGCUGACAAGACAGAGUUUGGUCUCAGUUUCACUGCUGUACCUGAGUAGUUUUGGUGUACUUUGCUCUGCUCUGACCGCUCAUCCCUCUAGCUGACUUUCCCACUCCAGUGUGUACAUCACCACCCGCCAAGGAAAGUGCACGAUAACCGUGUAGUUAAUUCUUAUUGUUUAAAAACUUUUCAGUAACACCAAGUAGUUAAGUGACGGGUAAAGCCUUAGGGUACUCGUGUCAUUUACACUGGUAUCUAGUACUAACGCGACAAACGGGACAGUACUAGAAUUGCCGCGUGUCUGGAUGCAAGUCUGUCCUACAGUUGUUGUUCUCGGAGAUGUACGUUCGUUGCUUCGGUCCACCAAGGAGGAGGAAAGCAUCCGUUAAAUUAAUACAGUCAAGUACAGACAUGUUACAUGUCGUGUACGUGUAGGGAGAACUUCUCUGUUGCAUCCAUGUGCCACACUUUGCUCCAGGACACUUGACGUGAAAUCGUUGCACAGGGAGCAGGUACAGUCUGUGUGUCACGCGUUUCUGAACACAGUGCUCCUGCUCCAGUUUGCAAUGAGGCGACUUUUGCGGAGGAGACUUCUCGUACCGUGCAGGUGAUACCAUCAUUAUGGCAGGCUGCGAGUGGCAGAACUCAUCCCUGCCAUGUGGGUGGGCGUGUUUGCCGUGUUGAGUGUGUUAUCUGCGCGCUAUUCUAGAGGACAGCAGAGUGGAACAGCAUUCUGGAUUCUGGACUAAGCUUAUGUAAACAGUGGCAGCAGACGUGCAAAUUCCUCUGUGGAGGCACCGCCUGUCCCAGCCACAGCUAUCUAGAUGUAAAUAUACCUGUGACAUAGACGUGUGUGUGUGUGUGUGUGUGUGUGUGUGUGUGUGUGUGUGUACGAGCGGGCACUCGCCUGUUGCAGCUGUCACUUUCUUGCCCUUGCCUGUGGUCCUCUGCUGCUUCGCAGCCAUCCGGGUCGCAUAACCACAGCUCCCAGGGCUGCAAGGCUGCAGGUAGCAGUGUCCCACCGCACACUGCUGCUGCUCUUCUGUCCACUGGCUGCUUUAACUCUGGUUAUUCAUCUAUAAGCAGCAGCAUUGUGCACCUGUAACUACAGUGCCUGCACAUGCUGAACUGUGUGUGAACACAAGCGUAAGUAAGGCCGUUAACAGUCACGCUUCUUUGCCGGUAUUUUGAGCCGCUCGCACAGCUGCAGCUUCACCAUUCCAUCUCACAAUUCAAGGGUAUAACAGCAGCACCCUCCUUGGUACUGUGCUGCUGCGGAGGGCUCAAUGAACAUGACUAUUGUUGUGGUACUUCCUUGCGCAGUUAAGUGUCUCCUCCUCAGUGAAGUGUGCACACAUUCUCUCUUUCUCACACACACACACACACACACACAACCCUCCUCCUCUGUGGUUGUUUUCUAUCAUUUCUGUCACUGAAAGUUGACUCAUUCCAGAGAUACUGAUUGUUUGCGACCAAGCCGACAUCCCAUUGGCCCCUUUCAUUGCCUGUAUAUUGUUUGCUUUAUUUAAAGGUAUAAAGUACUUUGGUAUUUCAUCCCCAUCCUUUGGUGGCUCAGGUUGUAGAGCAGGCCUGUUCGUGUCUGUCCUCCACUGGGACGGGCGUCACUCCUCAGGUUCCGUGCAAAGAGGAAGUCUGGGAUUCCUGCUGUUUGCUGCGGCUCUUCACUGGUCAAAUGGGAAACAGAGGUCAGGGCUUUGAGGCGGGUGACAGUCAACGAGCGAUGGGCUGCACGGGGAAGCCAUUGUCGGUUGGGCAUGAUGGCAGCGUUUGCUUUGAGUUAGUCUCCUGUUGUUUCUUGCAGCUCCUGAUGGCAUGCUGAGGUCCGCUGGCCCCCCGUGGCUCAGCUGGGUUGGAGCACCAAGAUGGGACAGUGUGUCACAAAGUGCAAGAAUCCCUCAUCGUCCCUGGGCAGCAAGAGUGGAGACAAAGAGUCAGGGACAAAGUCCCAUUGCCGUAAGGGUGGGGCUAGUUCAGGGGACCGCAAAGAUGAGCCAGGGUGUGUAAAAGCUUCCAGGGAUCCCCUGCCCAAUGGUACCAAGAAAGCAGAGGUGUGGGCAGAGACAGGUGGGGCCUUGGGUGGGGUUGUGGUGCCCUUGGGGGAGGCAGGGCUCUCAUCUAGCCGCGUGGAGGAGCUGUUUGUACGUUACAAGGAUGAGCAGGAUGAUGCCAUCCUAGAGGAGGGCAUGGAGCGCUUCUGCAGCGACCUGCAGCUGGACCCCACUGAGUUCCGCGUGCUGCUGCUGGCUUGGAAGUUCCAGGCUGCCACUAUGUGCAAGUUCACCAGGAGGGAGUUCAUGGAGGGCUGCAAGGCUCUGAGGGCAGACAGUCUGGAUGGCAUCCUGGCCCGUCUGCCCAGCCUGCAGGCAGAGGCGCGCGUUGAGGAGAACUUCAAAGAUCUGUACCGCUUCACCUUCCAGUUUGGUCUGGACUCAGAGGAGGGGCAGCGCUCGCUGCAACGCGACAUUGCCAUCGCCCUGUGGCGGCUGGUCUUUACCCAGGACACCCCGGCCAUUCUCCACUGCUGGCUGGACUUCCUGAUGGAGAACCCCUCGGGCGUGAAGGGCAUCUCACGGGACACCUGGAACAUGUUCUUAAACUUCACACAGGCCAUUGGUCCUGACCUGAGCAACUACAGUGAGGAUGAAGCCUGGCCCAGCCUCUUUGACACCUUUGUGGAAUGGGAGGUGGAGCGCAGGAGACUGGUGAGGCAGGGUGGGGCUGCCGAGUUGCUGCCGGGGGAGCCCCCUGAAGACACGGCCCGCCUCUCGAGUCCUGGAUGAAGACACAAAUUGCUGCUGUUGCUAGGGUAACUACGGUUAUGACUAUUUACUCUUUGUCAAGGGCUGGGGUAGAUCUGUGGGUUCCCUCCAGCCUUCAUCUGCCUUGUGUUUUAUGAAAGGGCUCCAAAACUGUAUGGUUUUGGCAUUUAACUUAUUAAUUUCUCUUGAGGUAAAUCUGUGUGAAUAUAUAU